GAAGUAUCUGUUUCCGGAACUCACUAAACACACACACACACACUCUCACACGUGUAAAAAGAAAGUAAGCUGGCGUUCAGUGCUGUAGGUGCUCUUCUGAUCUUCACAAGACAUAGUGCCCGUUUUAAGCUCCGGUUCGCAAGGAGUUGUCUGCACGUGUUUGGCAGCUGGAAUACAAGUGUUCUCCGCAGCCGUUUUCCCCAACAUCAGAUCCACAAGCAGUGAGUGUCACAGGUUGGUGCUGAUGGCUGAUUCAGAUCCCGUGCUUGUGCCUGCUCAGGUAGGGGAAAAGAGAGGUUGCCCUGAAGAUGAAGAGAAAGACCUACCAUCAAAGAAACUCAGAGUUGAGAAGGACAGCAAGAACGGAGGCCCUCCCCAUUCAGAUGAAGAGCUUGUGGACGAAGCCAGUGAUGGAGAGGAAGAUGGUGAGACCUUUGCUGAUAUGAUGAAGCAUGGCCUCACUGAGGUGGAUGUUGGCAUCCUGAAGUAUGUCAGUGACCAUGAGGGCUUCUCUGGAGUCCUGAAGGAAAGAUAUUCAGAUUUUGUGGUGCAUGAAAUCAACAAACAAGGAAAGAUAGUGCAUUUAGAUGACCUCUCAAUCCCUGCAGAGGCUGAGGUGUCAGAGGUUGAAGAGCAGCCAAAAGAAUCUGAUGUGCUGACUGAAGAACAGAAAAAGCAGCUUGGGGAGCUGCAGCUUUUCAAGAAUAAAGAGACCAACGUCUCUAUUGAGAUGAUGGACGACACAAAAGAGAAGCGAACACUGGUCCACAAAGCCAUCAAGACUCAGUUUCCUGGUCUGGAGACAAAGACAGAAGAGAAGGAAGGCCGCAAGUUCAUCGUGGCCUACCACGCCGCUGGGAAGAAAGCUUUGGCAGCUCCAAGGAAACACUUCUGGCCAAAAAACCGGGGCAGCUUCUGCCACUUUGUCCUGUACAAGGAGAACAAGGACACCAUGGAUGCGAUCAAUGUGCUGUCAAAGUUCCUCAGGCUGAGACCCAACAUGUUUUCCUACAUGGGAACCAAGGACAAGAGAGCCAUCACUGUGCAAGAGAUUGCAGUGCUCAGGAUCACAGCAGAAAGAUUGGCUCACCUCAACAAGUGCCUUAUGAACCUUAAGCUGGGAAAUUUCAGCUACAAAAACCACCCUCUAAAGCUGGGAGAACUGCAGGGAAACCACUUCACUGUCGUAAUCAGGAACAUCUCAGGAACAGAUGAGCAGGUCCAUAAGGCCAUGGCAUCUCUCAAGCAGACAGGAUUCAUUAAUUACUACGGCAUGCAGCGAUUUGGCACCACGGCUGUGCCCACACAACACGUUGGCAGAGCUAUUUUGAAAAACGACUGGAAAGAGGUGGUGGAUUUAAUUCUGAAGCCUCGUCCCGGAGCUGAGAAAGAGUUCCUGGUGCGCUGCAGGGAGGAGUGGGCUAAGACUCAGGACCCAGAAGCCGCGCUGAAAAAGCUGCCUAACAAACGCUGCGUGGAGGGGCAACUGCUCAGAGGCCUGUCCAUGUAUGGGAAGAAGGACAUAGUUAAUGCUUUUGGACUGAUUCCUCGUAACAACCGUCUGAUGUACAUCCACAGCUACCAGAGCGUGGUGUGGAACACCAUGGUGAGCAGACGGAUCGAAGCCUUCGGUCUCAAGGCUGUGGAGGGAGACCUGGUGCUCCGAGGAACCACAGCAUGCGUGCUGUCUGCAGAGGAGGCUCAGACUCACUCGAUCCAUGACAUUGUGAUGCCACUUCCUGGUUUUGAUGUCAUCUACCCGACUCAUCAUGUGGGUAAAGGGUACAGAGAGCUGCUCUCAGCAGACGGGUUGGACAUCGACAACAUGAGACACAAAGUGAAGGACUACUCUCUAGCCGGAGCCUACAGACGCAUCAUCAUCAGACCCAGUGACGUCAGCUGGGAGGUGAUUCAGUAUGACGACCCCAGGAUCUCCCUGGUGCAUAGUGACUUUGAGAAACUGGAGAACAAACCUGCUCCCAUCUUUAACAAAGAGGGGAAGUAUCGGGCUCUGCGAUUGGAGUUCUCCCUUCCCCCCUCCACCUAUGCCACCAUGGCCAUCAGAGAGGUCCUGAAGCUGGACACAAGUAUCAAGAAACAAACACAGCUCAACACAACCUGGUUUAACUGACACCUAAACCACAUUUAGGUUUACAAUGGACUGCUGCUGCUGCAGGCGCUGAAGCACCUCUUAUCUACUGUGGCUACUUACUGUUGUGAGUGUUAAUAAGUAUAUCACUGUAUGUUUGUGUGAGCGAGCAGUUUUGGUUCUGUGUGAACCCAACAGUCAUUUCUUUGAGGUACAAAGAGCAACCAUUUAUUAUUGUUUCACUUUAUAUGUUACAGUGUUUUUACUUGCUCUGAAGUAUUUCUAUGCUGCAAUGACUCAGCAUUUGUGACAAUGAUUUAAAUUAACCUUUACACCCUGCACAGGGUGCUCAGUGUGCUCCCUUUGUACAGAAAAGAGUGUUUUCCUUUUUUAACUCUGAGCUGAAUGUGUGAUUAGAACAAAACUCUAAAAGAUUAACAUUAAAAAUGUCGAGUUAAAAGCUUGAUUGUCUUCCUUUCCU